AUGGCUUCUCCUUUGCAGUUUGCCUCCCGGACCCUCAAGCACAUUGGCGUCUUUGACGCCGCGCCAGCCUACCAGCCCCUCCCUGGUUUCACCAGACCCGAGGGCAACCUUCGCUGCUGUGCCUACUCACCAUGUGGCCGCUACUUUGGCUGGGCUUCACCCGAGGUUGUCAACGUCAUUGAUGCCUCCACCGGCGUCGUCAUCCUCAGCCUGCCCAUUCUCAAUGUCUACGAGCUCGGCUUCUCCCCCCACGGCACCUUUCUCAUCACCUGGGAGCGCCCUGCCAAGGACGAGAAUGGCGACGCCACCAAGAACUUGAAGAUUUGGCGCACAGUCGAGGAUGGUGUUGCUGCCGCCGAGAAGCAACCCAUUGGCCGCUUCGUCCAGAAGCAGCAGGGAAGCUGGAACCUCCAGUACACCGCCGACGAAAAGUACUGCGCACGCCUCGUCACCAAUGAGGUCCAGUUCUACGAGACGCACGAUCUCAUUACUGUCUGGAACAAGCUUCGCGUCGAGGGGGCCGCUAACUUCGCUCUCGCUCCCGGAAGCAAGAACCACGCUGUCGCAGUCUUUGUCCCCGAGCGCAAGGGCCAACCUGCCUCCGUCCGCGUCUUCAAUGUACCGCAGUUCAACGCACCCAUUUCUCAGAAGACCUUUUUCAAGGGCGACAAGGUCCAGCUGAAGUGGAACAAGCGCGGCUCCAGCAUCCUCGUACUUGCACAGACCGAUGUCGACCGCUCCGGCAAGAGCUACUACGGCGAGACGACGCUCUAUCUUUUGAGUACAAACGGUGCGUUUGACGCUCGCGUCUCGCUGGAUAAGGAGGGGCCUAUCCACGACGUCUCGUGGUCACCCAACUCUCGCGAGUUUGGCGUCGUCUACGGAUACAUGCCAGCCAAGGCCACCAUCUUCAACGACCGAGCCAUCGCGACCCACACGUUCCCCCUGGGCCCUCGCAACACAAUCAGCUUUUCUCCCACCGGUCGUUUUGUCCUCGUGGCUGGCUUUGGAAACCUUGCUGGUCAGAUUGACGUCUACGACCUUGAAAAGGACUACCGAAAGGUGUGCACCAUUGAGAGCGGCAACCCCAGCGUGUGCGAGUGGAGUCCCGACAGCCGAUACAUCAUGACAGCCACGACGUCGCCACGACUCCGUGUUGACAAUGGUGUCAAGCUGUGGCACGUCGCCGGCACUCUUAUGUACAAUGAAGAUAUGGUUGAAUUGUACAACGUUGUCUGGAGACCGCAGGCACCAGAGGCUGCCGCACCGGGCGACCCUCUCACCACCGUGCCCCCUCCCCACGCUUCCGCCGCCACCUACCUCGGCACGGUCAAGACGCCGAGUAAGCCUGCCGGCGCGUACCGACCCCCUGGUGCUCGUGGCCUGGCCACCCCCUUGCACUUCAAGCGCGAGGACGAGGGUGGAGCUGCUCAUGUUGUGAGCAACGGCACUCAGAACGUUGGACCCAACGGCUUCGGCCGUGCGCGUCGCGCCGUUCCAGGCGCCGAGCUUGCCGAGUCUGCUCCUGCUCCUGCGCGUGGAGUCCCCGGGGCCGAGCCGGUGGAAAACGACGGCGCCAAGAAGAACAAGAAGAAGAGGAGCAAGAAGAACAACAACCAGGGUGAGGGCAAGCUCGAGGCGGAGCCGAAUGGAGGUGCCAGCCUUGCCCCUCCUCAGCCAGGAAAAGAUGGUCGCAGUCCCGAGAGACGUGGUGCUGGCGGCGCUGGCGCCAAUGAUCGCCGCAGCCGCUCUAGAAACAAUGGCGAUAGCCGCAGCCGCAGCAACACCACGCAGGGACAGCGUAACGGCGCCAACGCCUCUCAGCAGGCUCCUGGCGCGGCGGGAGCUGGCGCCGCCGAUGCUAACCCCCAUGCUAAGAAGAUUCGCAGUCUGCAGAAGAAGGUCCGCGCCAUUGAGGAUUUAGAGAUGCGUCUGGCUGGUGGAGAGAAGCUCGAGGACACGCAGAUGAAGAAGAUCAACACCAAGUCGGCUGUGCUUAAGGAGCUCCAGGGACUGGGUGCUGAGUCCUAG